UUAUUCCCAGCAGGCAGACAGGUCAUAUGAUCUGAGCAGUUCAGGAUUCCCCGUGGUUGGUACCUGGAGCCCAGUGGAGCCAUGGCGAGCAGGGGGUUCUGCCGGGAGCUGUACAGCUGUAUCUUUGAUUACAGCACCCCGCGUAUAGCGCUCAUCAAGAGCAGGAAGGUUGGUGUCAUGAACAGGCUCAUCCAGCUGGGAAUUCUCGCCUAUGUGAUUGGGUGGGUCUUUGUCUGGGAGAAAGGCUACCAGGAGUUUGACACAGUAGUCAGCUCUGUGACUUCGAAAGUGAAGGGCGUAGCAGUGACCAACACCUCAGCGUUAGGCACAAGGAUCUGGGAUGUGGCUGAUUAUGUUAUACCGCCUCAGGAGGAAAAUGCCUUCUUUGUGAUGACCAACCUCAUUCUUACACAGAAUCAGACUCAAGGCCACUGCCCUGAUUUACCGGACCAGUCAACCAUAUGCAACUCCUCACAUGACUGUAUUCCUGGAUUUAUAAGCACGCACAGCUUUGGAGUUCAGACUGGACAAUGUGUCGCUUAUAAUGAAACUGUAAAAUCCUGUGAAGUUUAUGCUUGGUGUCCAGUAGAAAAUGACACAGAAUUGCCAGAACCUGCUUUUCUCAAGGAAGCUGAAAACUUUACAGUUCUUAUUAAAAAUAAUAUUUGGUUUCCAAAAUUUAAUUUCUCCAAGAGAAACAUUUUGCCUAAUAUCACCACCAGUUACCUGAAGAACUGUCUAUAUGACCAAAUGCACAACCCUUUUUGUCCUAUAUUUCGCUUGGGAAGCAUAGUAAGUGAGGCAGGAGAAUCCUUUCGCGAUAUGGCUAUACAGGGAGGUGUGAUGGGGAUUCAAAUUAGGUGGGACUGUGAUCUGGACAAAAAGUUCUCAAAAUGUGUCCCAAGGUAUUCUUUCCGACGACUGGAUAGCCGAGAAUUGGAUCACAAUGUGUCCCCUGGCUAUAACUUCAGAUCUGCAAAAUAUUAUAAGAACAUUAAUGAUGUGGAAUCAAGAACGCUAAUGAAAGUCUAUGGGAUCCGUUUUGACAUCCUGGUUUUCGGAACAGCUGGAAAAUUUGACAUAAUUCCAACAAUGAUUAACAUUGGUUCGGGACUUGCGUUGCUUGGAGUGGCAACUGUUCUAUGUGACGUCAUUGUCUUCCAGUUCUUUAAGAAAAGAUAUUACUACAGAGAGAAGAAAUUUAAACAUGUGGAGGAUUAUGACGAAUUGAGUGGUAAUGAAGAAAAUGGGUCAAAUCCUUGAUGAAAAGAGCACUUGCCUAUUCUGGCAUGUUCAUUUGCAAAUACAAUCGUUUACAAGCCUUGGUGGGCUGCUGCAGUGGACCUGGCCAUCGAACAUUCCACAAGCCACUUACUCCUCUUGUUAAAUAUGCUAGACCGAUCUGAUUGUGAUAAAACCCACUAAUUGCGGUGUCAGUAGCAACGUGUAGUGCAAUUGGCUUCUGUAAAAGGGAAAUCCAAAUACUGCAUCCACAAACUUAUUUUAUUUAUUUUUUGGACUAUGCGAAAUUAAAUUGUUUAUGCUCUGAUCAUACAAUUUAUUUAUUUUUAUGCAAGAAUGAUCUGUCAUAUUUGUUCUUCAUCCCAAUACACUGCAAUGUGGACAACCACAAAAGAAAGAAAUCCCCCCAUCUGUUGUCCAACAGGAAGAACUGAGGGGAUUUUAGGCAUUACAAGAAAUAAACCUGUAUUAAAGAGCACACACAAACAGGCAUUGUUCCAAAAGGGAAAUUAAUUCACAAACCACAAUUAAGAAAUGUUUGCUGUUCCAAAGUCUGCAUUCACUCCAUGUCUUAAAAUAUGGUGUUUUUAUUGCGUGACUUGAUUUCAUUGCACUCUUUGAUAAAACUCACCACCAACCAAAAUUGCUUAAUUGUUCAUCACAGAAAGACUGCCGAAGUUUCAGAAGGAAGCUAGAAAGCUAAAAACAAAAACAUAUCAAACGUAAAAUUAGACCAGCACUUUUUCUAAAAUCUUCAAAUGUCUUUCUCUAGCAUUUUAUUUAUAAUUAUUUAAAUGUUGUCAUCCUUUCAGAGA